AUGCCGAGAAGAACAUAUGUGGCCAAAUCGCAAAAAAGUGCUGGGGGUUUUAAAGUUGAAAAAGAUCGAGUCACAUUUUUAUUGUGCAGUAACGCUUCUGGAGAUCGGAUGUUAAAGCCCCUGCUUAUCAAUCGUGCAUUAAAGCCUCGAGCAAUGAAAGGUGUCGAUUUUGAUACAUUGCCGGUUAAUUGGAUGGCCAAUAAAAAAGCAUGGGUGACGACUACAGUUUUCACAGAAUGGUUCAUUAAAUAUUUCGUGCCAGAAACUAGAAAAUAUUUGAAUGAAAAGGGCUUAGAAUUUAAAGUUCUUCUGUUGGUAGACAAUGCACCCGGGCAUCCUCAGUUGGAACACGAAAAUGUACAAGUUUUGUUCCUGCCACCAAAUACCACAUCCCUAAUCCAACCACUGGACCAAGGAAUUAUCGCAACAUUCAAAACUUAUUAUAUCAAACGAACAUUCCAGUACAUUUUGGACACUUUGGAUAGGGAUAAAACUCUAACAGUAAUUGAUGCCUGGAAAAAGUUUUCUAUCAAAGAUUGCGUUACACAUGCUGCUUUAGCAUUGUCAGAUUUACGACCAUCAACCUUAAACGGAUGUUGGAGAGCAAUUUGGCCAGAAUGUGUAAAAAGUAAAAAUCCUGUGGAGAAAAAUACAAACGAAUAUCCCAAUAUAAUUGCUUUAGCACACGCAGUUGGUGGGGAGGGUUUUGAUGACUUGGUAUCUGAUGACAUUGAUGAACUGAUGAUUGAUAAAGUUCUUAGCGAAGACGAAAUAUUACAUUUUGCCUCACAGAAUGCUGAUGUUAUAGAAAGCAGUGAUAGUGAAGAACCUGUAAAAUUAACUGAAAAUUUAAUUCAAGAAGGGCUUCAACUUGCAAAUAAAUUAGGACACCAUUUCGUCAAAAAUGAUCCCAAUGUCGAAAGAGCUGCACAAUUCCAACGUGAGCUGAAUUCUUGUAUGGCUCGUUACAAGGAAUUAUACAAAGAGGUAGCAAGAAUUGGCGAACAACGGCUCAUAACAGAGUUCAUUUUUCAAAAUGUAGAUGCCGAACGAGCAAGAGAAAGUCCAGUUCAAAAUUAUUCCAGCGAUGAUAGUGAAUGUAUACGCGUUCGAAGCAAGCGAAUGCGAAUAACUGAUGACGACAGCAAUUAA